GAUAUCAAGAUACUUGAGUAAUUUUCAUUUAUCCAUAAUCCAUAUAAUUAAUUAACUUAUAUUUUCUUAGAAAUUCAUUUCAUUUUCAGAAAAAAAAGAUUUAUCAUUUAUCCUACUACCAGUUACUAUCUCUCACUUGCUCUCAGUUACUUUUGCAAGCAAGAGGGGUACACAAAAGUGAUAUAUAAAGAGAAAUACGAAGCAGUUGAGAAACUUGCGGAGUAAUGAAGGCAUGUCUUGAUUAUCAUCACAAUUUUUAUUUGCAAUAACAAUGUUCAUUAUAGUAUUUUUAUAUUUUCUAUGUAAUCCGAUUUUUUGUAAUACACAGGACGAAGGCGAAGCAUGUAUUACUGACAACAAUUCGCCAGGCAUUUGUAAACUUCUUCAGCAAUGUCCUUCGGUUUAUGAAGAUUUAUCAAAAGGAUUAACUCCACAUAAAAUAUGUGGAUAUCUUAAUUUUGAUCCUGUUGUAUGCUGUCCAAACAUAAAAAAAACAUCUACAGCUAUAAGUACAAUUACAAAAACAAUUACAACUACAACUAAACAAUCUAUAAUUACAACUCUUCUACCAUUUACUGCAAAAAUGAAAACAAGAGCAAAAUGUGAAGAAUAUAGUAGAUAUGUAUAUACGACCGAAUAUUCACUAACUUUAAUAAAUGUGAAGAAUUAUAAAUCUUUGUUUGAUAUUAAAAAAUAUAAACAACCUAACAAAUUUAUCGUCGGAGGUACAAAAGCUAAAGCAAAAGAAUUUCCUCAUAUGGCUGCAAUUGGAUUUGACACAUCAGAUGGUAUUGUUUGGGCAUGCGACGGCACAUUAAUUUCAGAAAGAUUUGUUUUAACUGCUGCACACUGUACUUUUAACAGAAACUUGAAUAGCACUGCAAAUUGGGCGCGAUUAGGUGAUUUAAAUCUUGAAAGAUUGGAUGAUUCUCCAAAAUCAGAAAAUUUUCAUGUUAUUGAGCGAAUAAGAAAUCCUUAUUAUAAACCACCAUCUCAAUAUCACGAUAUCGCUCUUCUUAAAUUAGAAAGAAAUGUGGAAUUCAAUGAGUGGAUAAGACCCAGUUGUUUACCAUAUUCUUUACCAGAUAGUGGCCCUGAUGGUAAGGCAACUGCAACAGGAUGGGGAAAUGUUGGAUGGGAGAAAACGAGUUCAGGUGAUUUAUUAAAAGUAACAAUUAAUUUGGUAUCUCAAUCAGAAUGUAAUAAGUUAUUCAUCGGAAAUGAGAAAAACAAUAAACUCAAAUUCGGAAUCAUAGGAGAUUGGCAAAUUUGCGCCGGUGAACUUGGAAAAGAUACUUGUCAGGGAGAUAGUGGUGGACCACUUGUCAUCUUAAAUCGAGAUUACGAAUUUAUGUAUACUUUAAUCGGUGUAACAAGUUUAGGGAGAGUUUGCGGUUCCAUUAUUCCUGGUAUAUAUACUCGCGUUUAUAAUUAUAUUGAAUGGAUAGAAACUAUAGUUUGGCCAGAUUAAUAAUACAAA